UUCUCACUCUCGCUAUCCCAUCCAUCUAAGAGAAAAUAAAAUCUAUCUGGUUUAGAGCUCUUCCUCGAGUUCUGCCUGACUUUCGUUGACCCCGCCCUUCCCCCCCUCCUCCUCUCUGUUUCCCUGUUCUGUCGGCCUCGACGGUCGACAGGCGACGAGCUGGCGACGCUGGCGGACCCCAACGAGCUGUUUCUGCCUGGUGAGAGGCAGAAAGAUCUCACCUCCACGAAUCCGAUGUCCUCGUCUUCUUCCACCAUCACGACGACGACGACACCUGCGCCCCCCGUUCCUCUGCUUCGGCCACCCAUCCCCGGUGCGCGCAGCAACAGUGGCUCGCGAGCGCCCAAACUGACUCUGGGCAUCCCUUCACCCAACAACAAACCCGCUAUUGGCAAUGGCGUGACUGGCGGCAUCCCCGAACUGCAGCGGCCAAAGCCGCCGCAGUUGCGGUUAGCCACCCCGAUGGGCGGCAGUCAGGAGUCGCUAGGAAGACCGGCUCUUCAGCCGCUGGCCACCUCCGACCUCAACAACCACCACCAUACCAUCACCUCCCAGUCACGCUCAGGCAGCUCCUCCAUGCGCGAUGGCAAAGCCAGCGGACCCGCCUCGGCUUCCUCUUCCACUUAUUCGGCCCUCUCCUUCGCCAUGCCGGGCCUUCGCCAGCCCCACGGCAGCACUCCAGACCCCUCCUCCGCCAUCAGCUCCGUCUACUCGGACCGUGAAGGUGGCGUCUCCAUGGAGCGUGACAACAGCAUGAAUGGCCUGCUACCGGACCUGGACAGGCUGAGCCUCGAGAAGGGCCGUCCCCUCGACGUCGAGGACCUCGACGACGAGGGUUGGCUGGCCGCCAGCGAGCAGAAGAAGAUCGUUGAACUCGGCAGCCUCGGCGAGGGCGCGGGUGGCGCCGUCACCCGCUGUACUCUCAAAGGUGGAAAGACCGUUUUUGCCUUGAAGAUCAUCACGACAGACCCCAAUCCAGACGUCAAAAAGCAGAUUGUUCGCGAGCUUAACUUCAACAAAGACUGUGCCUCGGAGCAUAUCUGCCGGUACUACGGCGCUUUCAUGGACAAGUCGACUGGCACUAUUUCCAUCGCGAUGGAGCUGUGCGAGGGUGGAAGCCUCGACAGCAUCUACAAGGAGGUCAAGAAGCUUGGCGGUCGCACCGGCGAGAAGGUCCUGGGCAAGGUUGCCGAGGGCGUGCUCAACGGCCUGACCUAUCUACACAGCCGGAAGAUCAUCCAUCGGGACAUCAAACCGUCGAAUAUCCUGCUCUGCCGCAACGGGCAGGUCAAGCUUUGUGAUUUCGGUGUCAGCGGCGAGUUCGGCACCAAGGGUGACGCCAACACCUUCAUCGGCACCUCGUACUACAUGGCCCCGGAGCGCAUCACGGGCCAAUCCUACACCAUCACCUCGGACGUCUGGUCGCUCGGCGUCAGCCUGCUCGAGGUCGCGCAGCAUCGCUUCCCUUUUCCCGCCGACGGCACCGAGAUGCAGCCGCGCGCAGGCUUAAUAGACCUGUUGACCUACAUUGUCCGGCAGCCCAUUCCUAAACUCAAAGACGAGCCGGACAACAACAUUCGCUGGUCGGAGAACUUUAAGUAUUUCAUCGAGUGUUGCCUCGAGAAAGAACCUCCCCGACGAGCCAGUCCCUGGCGCAUGCUCGAGCAUCCCUGGAUGCUGGACAUGAAAAACCGAAAAGUCAACAUGGCUGCUUUUGUGAGGCAGGUCUGGGGGUGGACCGAUUAGCCUCUUUUUUUUUUUUUCUCUCUCUUUCUUCUUU